ACACGCUAGCAGAACUGUCAUGAGCUUCUGAAUACAUCUCCAAUCGGCAGUAAAGCUUCUUGGCGAGGCGAAUUCACGAGAUUCUUCUACAAGAAGCUAUAUUGGUGCUCGCCUGAUCGCCGCUGUCCUCCUUUUUCUUCUCAACAGGCCCAGUCUGCCGCGGAGAGUUUACGACUCUUUAAAUAUCCCCUUGCUUGUUUCUGGUCCAGCCUCGUUUUUUUAUUGAGGCGGACUGAUAUUUUUUCCCGUGCAUCUGGUUUCUGUGGUACUGCGCUUUAUACGUCUCGAAUUCGGGAUACACAGGCUUAACCUCUUACUAGGCAUCCUAGAUCUAGGAUCCUUUCGUCGCAUCGUCGGUAAGAUCGGCGAUCCAGGGAUCUAGUUAUCGUUAACCGUUUUAGAGAACACCUGUGCUGAAAUGGACGGCGGUCAGGGUGAGGGAACCGGGCGCGGCGGAAGGGGAAGGGGCGGUCGGGGGAGAUUUGGCGGAUCUGGCGGAAGGAGCGGGGGAUUUGGGGGAAGGAGAGGGGGAUUUGGACGGGGGCGGGGGGGGGAGGGAGGCGCGGGGAGAGGCAGGGGAGGUGCCGGGGGAGGUCAGGCCGGGGAGAUGGGCAAAGCGAUGGGAACCCCUGCUUCAGUUGCUUCAGGUGCUACGGAUACUAAAACGGGGAUCGCGGCAUCAGCUGUUACUGCUGACGCUGAUUCGGCGAUAAGUCGUGCGUCAGCUGCGUCUUUAAUCGCAACAACAAAAAGAGUGGUGGUGGUUACCUCUGGAGUAACCCCUUCUCUUUUAAAGCCGAGUUUAGCUGGUUCGAUGCUAGCAGAUCCGAAAGUUGCAGAUGCGGCUGAGUCGUCAGCGACACAGGCGGAAACAGGGGUAGUUGCGGACGAGGCUAUGGGGAAGAGCAAGAAAAAGAAGAACAAGAAGAAAAAGAGCAAGGAGCCAGUAGAGGAAGGAGCCGGAGCUGGAGAGGAAGCUUCGGAUGAAGUUGUGCCGCGGAUUCCGUCAAAACCAGAGACAAUUCCGUCAGUAUCAGAGCCGAGUCCGUCAGAACCUGAGCUGAUUCCGUCAAAUUCAGGACCAGUGCUGGUUGGCGGAUCCGAUUCAGUGACGCGCGCGGGGGAAGGGCAAAGCGGGGCGGAGGGGGCGGGAAAGAAGAAGAAACAGAAGAAGAAGAAGGAGAACCGGAAGCAGGAAGGAGCGGGCGAAAACGAAGCAAGUGCUUUUUCAGGCACGGGCGACAGAGAUGCGAAUCGAAUCGUCCAAGGUGCCUUGAAUCCAGCAUCUAUGGUUGUGGAAGGAGGCUCGGCGGAGCAUAACGGUCUGGAUGCGAGCAACCGUGGCGCAGAUCGGUCUGCUCGUGCUUUUACCGGGGGUGGCAGUAACGUGGACGGGAGAAAGGAGAAGGGUUUUAGGGGGAUUUUCGCCCACCACGCGCCGCUUGAAGAUGCGAAGCAGAGGAUUCUGGAUGGCACCCUCUUUGCUGGGUCAUUCAGGGUCAACGCUCGAAAUCGUUACGAGUCGUUUGUGACUAUAGAGGGAGUUCCUCGAGACGUUUUUGUUUACGGUCUGAAGGCACAGAAUCGAGCGAUUGAAGGUGACACAGUCGCGGUUGAGGUGGAUCCUCCCUCUUUGGACCCUAUGGAUCCACAGCCAGGCAGAGACACUCCUGAGGAAGGGAGCAGCGUUGCAAAUGCUGCCCUCGCACUUAGCAUUGGAUCGGCAUCCGGAGCUGGGGAGGGGAGGAUGGAGGGGGGAAAGAAGGCGGCAGUGGAGAGGUUAGCGCGGGCAGUGCGGGCGAACCCGGAUAUGCGGCUGACGGGGCGCGUGGUGGCGAUCGUUCAUUGGUCGGCGCGGCGAGAGACGGUAGUGGGGCGACUGGAGCUGCUGCCGUCCGCAUGGCAGCAGAUGGAGCAGGAGAGGCGGAGGCGAGGGGCGGUGGAGCGGAAGAGGAAACUGUGGGAGAAGCAGCAGCAGAAAAAGCAGCAGAAGCAGCAGCAGCAGCAACAACAGGAGCAGAAGCAGCAGGGGGAGCAGCUUCUGCAGCAGCAGCAGCAGCAGGAGCCUAAGGAGGGCGAGGUCAAGGUUUAUGAGGGCAGGGAACAGGAGGUGGGGAAGGAGAAUGGGGCUUAUAGCGGUGGAGAUGUGAUUGAAGAGGGGGAUCUGAUAGAAGAGGGGGAGGUGACAGAAGAGGGGGAGGUGCUAGAAGAGGGGGAGGUGCUAGAAGAGGGGGGCGUGAUAGAGGAAGAGGGUGAGGUGGCAGAGUAUGAGAACACUGGUUUGAUGGAACAUCUUAGUUCUGCUUCUGGUGUUGUUACAUCUGCCGAAGCGACAGAUGCUGCUUCUCCUGCUGCUGCUCCUGUUGCUGAUGCUGCUCGUGGCGCUGGUGGUGCUGGUGGUGCUGGCAGCAGUGACAGUAACGAAGUAGGCACAGUAAGUGCAGAGAACGAAUCAGAAAUGGAGAUUCCAAGUUUUGCAGACUUCGGUAUAGUCACAUUCACCCCAGUGGAUCCGCGUUUCCCCCGCAUGCUGGUGCGCAUUAGCACUCUACCCCAAGAGAUUAAAUACCUCGUCCUAGCAGCAGCAGCAGCAGCCGCAGCUGUACCUGAGGCUUCUCAGAGUGCUAGUACCAGAAGAGCCACUAAGGACAGCCUCGCUAUAAGAGAAGGAGUUGUUACUGCUGCUGACUCAGGUCACGGGAAUGUGACUAGUGGGACUGUAGCUGUAGCAGAUCCAACUGUAGCAGGUGCGGCUGCAGCAGAAGCGGCUGUAGCGGCAUCAGUAGCAGCAGCAGACGAGGCAGGCACGGCUGUAGCAGCAGCAGCAGCAGCAUCCGCAGAGGUGGGCCAGAUGCUCGUAGCAGCCAGGCUCGCGCGCUGGUCAGCAGGCCAGUUCCUGCCCCUCGGUAUAGUCACACAGAGCCUGGGGCCGGCAGGGGACGCUGAGACUGAAACGAGGGCGAUUCUGGCGCAGUAUGGGAUCCAUGGGGCCGACUUCCCCCCGGAGGUGCUGGCUGAACUGCCCUGUGGGAGUGUGGUUGGUGGUGGUGGGGGCGGGAACAGGGGUGAUAGUAGCAGGGGGGGUGAUAGUAGCAGGGGGGGUGAUAGUAGCAGGGGGGGUGAUAGUAGCAGGGGGGGUGAUAGUGGUGGGGGUGGUGAUGGUGCGGUUGCCACCAGGUGCAGCAGCAGCAGCAGCGGCGCCAGUACUGGGUGGCAAAUACCAGCAGAAGAGAUAGCAGCUCGGAGGGACUUUAGGGACAUGCGAGUGUUCACUAUAGACCCGCCCACUGCCAGAGACCUGGACGACGCCCUGUCUAUAAAGAGGAUAUUUGCGAGGGGCUCCAAGGGGAAGGGGAAGAAGGGGAAGGGGAAGGGGAAAGGGAAGGGGAAGGGGAAAGUAGAGGAAGCGUUAGGCAAAGCAGUGGGCGAAGGGGAGAAGGCGGAGGGGGAAGAGGAGGAGGAAGAGGAGGAGGGAGAGGAGGAGGAAGAGGAGGAGGAAGAGGGAGAGGAGCUGUAUCAAGUCGGGGUGCACAUUGCUGACGUGUCAUACUUCAUACCGCCCGGAUCCGCUCUAGAUCUCGAAGCUGCCCGGCGGUGCACCACAGUGUAUCUAAUCCAGCAGGCCAUGCCGAUGCUUCCCCGCCCGCUCUGCGAGGAUCUUUGCUCGUUGCAACCCGGGGUCGACCGUUUGGCGUUUUCUGUGGUGUGGGAUGUGACUGUAACGGGGGAGGUGCGCAGGCAGUGGGCGGGAAGGACCGUGAUUCGUCCGUGCGUCCAGCUGGCGUACGGUCACGCGCAGGAGAUUAUCGAUGGGCGGGUGGACGAGGAGUGGAGGCCGGUGCUGUACGGUGGGUACAGGUGGCGGGACGUGAUUGGGGACGUGCUGGCGCUGCACCGGAUAGCGCAGAACUUGAGGAGAGCUCGAGAGGAGAGGGGCGCGCUGAUGCAGCUGCAGACCACGAAGCUGCGGUUCUCGUUCGAUGCGGAGGACAACGAGUUUGGUGAUGGAGAUCUGGGCAUGGGCGGUAUCAGCAGCAGCGGUGACAACGGCAGCGGCCACAAUGGCAGCGGCCACAAUGGCAGCAACAUCAUCAACGGCAGCGGCGGUGGCAGCGGUGGCAGUAACAGCAACAGCAGCAACAGGUGGAGUCCAGUGGCUGCAGCAGUGGCGGCGCCAACAGCGGCAGCGAAUCAUCUUGUAGAGGAGCUCAUGCUGCUAGCCAACUCCACCGUGGCUCACAUCAUCUCCCGUGCCUUCCCCUCGCAGGCUCUUCUCAGGCGGCACCCGCCUCCCAACGCCAAGAAGAUGGCCGAUUUCCUGCGCUUCUGCUGCAACAUGGGGGUGCUUUCGGCUGCGUUCUGUGGGAAAUUGGUGGCGGAGUGCCCGGAUUUGAAGCAGCUUAUAGCGGGCACGGGAGGGGCGGUUGAAGAUGGGGAGAGGGGUGGAGCCGGGGGCGGUGUGAUUCCGUCGAGAGUUUUAAGUGAGAUACUUAACGAGGUGAGCCGGGUGGUAGAAGACCCAGGGGAGAGAGCCCUGCUGCUGCUGAUGGCAACCAAGCCCAUGCAGCUAGCUCAGUAUUUCUGCACUGGGCAAUGGGGUUCCUCUGGUGUUGAUGAUGCUGCUGGUGGCGGCGGCGGUGGUGGUGGUGGUGAUUGUAAUGGUCAUGCUGGCCUUAUAGGCAGUGCUGCUGGAAACAGUAGAGGUGCACCUGGGGUAGGUGUACCUAAGGGCAGCAAGGGUGAAGCUAACGGCGCCAUUGCAGCAGCAGCAUCUGAUGCUGAGUGGACGUCCCACUACGGGCUGGCUCUUGACUUCUACACUCAUUUCACCUCGCCCAUCCGCCGCUACGCUGACGUCAUCGUGCACCGCCAGCUGGCGGCCGCGCUGGCGGCUGAGGAGAGGCUUAUAGCGAGGAUGGGGAUGAAGAGUAGUGUGAGUUGGGGGGGCAGUGGAUUGGGUGCAGGAGGAGGGGGGAGCGGGGGAGGGGGGACAGGAGGGGCAGGAGGGGCAGGUGGGGCAGGAGGGGCAGGUGGGGCAGGAGGGGCAGGAGGGGCAGGUGGGGCAGGAGGGGCAGGAGGGGCAGGAGGGGCAGGAGGGGCAGGAGGGGCAGGAGGGGCAGGAGGGGCAGGAGGGGCAGGAGGGAGAAACCAAGGAGAGAGUACCUCAAGUGAUGCUGGGCUGCUGAGGAAGCUCACUGGAAUAACGCCUGGAGGCAAGGUUCUCACUGCUGUGGGAGACCCCCUGGGGCUGCUGGCGGGAGGGGUUCAGAGUGAGGGAAAGAAGAUAUUGUUACACCAGGAGCUGGUAACCGCAGUCCGGCAGGAGUGCGAGUUGGUGCAGAAGGAACGAAGCAUGCUGCCCGCCGACGCCAUCGCUGACGUGGCGACGCGGUGCAAUGAGAAGAAGCUUGCCGCCCGAUACGCGCAAGAGGCGAGCGAGCGGCUGUUCCUGUGCCUGCUGCUGAAGCGGACCCAGGGGUGUCUCUCUAGAGCGUGGGUGACGGCCAUCGGCCCGCGAUACAUGAACGUCUACAUCGAGCGAUUCGGGAUGGAGCGCCUUAUCCACUUCAACUCCAUCCCCAACACCACCUGCGAGUGGUGCGCCGCCACUGGUGUUGUCAUCAUCAGUGCCAAGCCUCCUCCUUCCGAACCUAGUGGCAAGGCUUGGAACGGGAAGGCUGGGAAAGACAAGGCUCGGAAUGGGAAGGUUGGGAAUGUCACAGAGUGCAAGAAAGUUUCGGUAGCUGGUUUACCAGCAGAUGAUUUGGCCCAUAUGAUUUCAGCAUCAGCCUUGGAGCAGCAGGAAGGGCUUGAGGCGCCUCAAAGGCAAGACUUACCAGCUGAUGAUUCAGCAACAGAUGAUCUGGCAGCAGCGGAUGAUUUGACAGCGGAUGAUCUGGCUAACAUGAUCUCUGCACCAGCCUUGGAGCAGCAGGAUGGUGAGGUGGAGGAAGGAGGGGCCACUGCUGAGGCAAGUGAAGUCACAGGAGGAGCCCUUUCGGCCCUCUCUGGGCUGGGAGCUGAUGAUCUUGCUCACAGUAUCUCGCGUGACUUGCUCCAAGGAGAAGGCUUUACCGAGGGUGUUGGUGACUAUAAUGAGGAUGACAGUAUGAUGUUUGUGGAUGGAGGAAUGGAAGCGGUGGCAGAAGCUGCAGCGGCGGCGGCAGCAGGAGGGGCGGGAGAGGGAGAAGGGGGAGUGGAGGGGGGAACAGUGCAGCCUGCAGUGUUGCCUUUGACUCUCCGCCUCAUGGCUCAGGUCCCAGUGUUCGUGCACACCAUGGGGGGUGGCAAGCAGCUGAUGGAUGUGGGAGCCCGUGUCUACAUUGGCUGAAGUACGGCGUGGCUCAAUGGCAGCGUGUAGUGUUGCCGCUGACUCUCCACCUCAUGGCUCGGGUCCCAGUGUUCGUGCACAGGCAAGCAGUUUGUGGAAGUUGGUGCUUGAGGCUGCAUUGGCUGAAGUACGGUGUAGCUCCAUCGUUGCAUGGACGUGAAGCUGGCGCAGAUGGGAGUGAGUGGUGCAGCAUGCAUAUCCCAUGGUACUACCUGCCUUGUCAGAUUCCUGUAUAUGCAUAUCCCAUGGUACUACUCGCCUAGUCAGGUCCAUGUCGGGGCUUGUGCUUGCAUCACUUGAGCGACUAGGUUGAAGUGUUUGGGUGAUCGCUCUCCAUGUGAAAGCGUGAAGCGUACACCUUUGAUGGUAUCUUGGAACGGGUACUCCGAUUAGAAAAGUACUUGGGUGAUCUAAAUGUGUGUGAAGUAUUUUUUUUUUACAAGACCGUCUAGCUGCUGUAAGUGGGUAUAGUGCAGUGUAUUUGAG